UGGUGGAAGUGACAAACACGGGCCCAGUUCGACUUUACUGCUCCAAUAAAUUGUUACAUCUUAGCUUUUUCUUGAGAAAUCUCAAAGCAUUACCCCCAAAAUAGACUAGUAAAAUGAACUUUCAUAUACCCUUCGCUCGGAUUUAGCUUUGAUUUUUUUUAAACCGUGAUCUGUUUACACAGUAAAUCACAAGUCCAUAGCAAGCCUCAAGUCCCAGAGUAAAUCUUUGUCGUAGUCCGCGGGUAGUAAGUAAUUUGGCAAUGGAGCCCUGGUCAUUCAGCAGCAGUUCCUCCCUCAGCACAACCCAGUGACCACAGCGUCACCAUUCUUCCCUUAGUGCCUAUGGUUUCAGAGAUUACCCACCAGAAACUAGUAAGUAGUCUGCAGAUACUACUGUUAUACUGAAUAUUUAACUUGGGACUUAACCAUUUUCUGGUCUUUGCUAAAGACUUCAUAUGCAUUAUUUCAAUCCUGUGAGAUUGAUGAUUAAAUAAAAUUAUCCCAAAUAGAAGAGAGGUCUAAGAAUUGGGUUUAGAAUUCACUCUGCCAGCCACAAAAGGUCUAUCCUCUUUAAUCACUAAAUUGUGUAGCCCCCUUGUAAUAAACAUUGAGUGAAUGAACUUGUGUGUCCUGAAACUUUUCCUUCCAAGGUGUAUACAUCCUGUGUCCACAGUUAAAACUUCAGGGAGAAAUCCACCAUGCCCGCGGAACUGGUCCAUACCUGUUGGCACUUAUCAGGUUGCACUGCAGUGAUCUGUUUACACAGCUAGUUCUUCCUAUACUGACUUCAAGGCCAGGGACUGUGUCUCAUUUUUGUAUCCCCACAGAUUAGCUAGUUCCUGGCAAACAGCUGGGGCUCAGAAAACAGCUAAGUGAAUGAAUGAAAAUCCCAGUCAAGCCUCUUUUCCAUGCUGCACAACACAGCCAAUAUCCAGCUGAGGCAUGGGUUAAAAAACUGUGGGCUUCUAUGUGUGGGACUGGGCUCUUCCCAUAACUCGUGAGACACCCUGGACAUACCAGGUUGUAUCGUGGACUGGUUGUAUGAAGAAGAGGGGGAGGAAGGCCCAAACACUAGGUAAUCCAGGCUUGGGCUGGAAAACAAGGUUGAAGUUACUCAUUAGCAGGUGAAGGGGUCAAGGGUCGAGGCAAGGGGGCUGAAAGCAGAGUGGCCUGAGCCACCAGCAGUGGAGAGAGCAGUUAAGGCACUGGUCGCAAAGCCGCAGCUCCCUCCUGCCUCAAGAUGUUCCAAUGGAUUUGGGCAGCCGUGCUCUACCUCUAUGGCAUUCUGAACUCCCUCUAUCAGUGCCCGGAGCACAGUCAGCUGACAACUCUGGGAGUGGAUGGGAAGGAGUUUCCAGAGCCGCACCUGGGCCAGUGGUACUUUAUUGCAGGGGCAGCUCCCACCAAGGAGGAGUUGGCGACUUUUGACCUUGUGGACAACAUUGUCUUCAACAUGGCUGCAGGCUCUGCGCCUAUGCAGCUCCAGCUUCGUGCUACCAUCCGCACAAAAAAUGGACUCUGUGUGCCCCGGAAGUGGAUCUACCAUUUGACUGAAGGGAGCACAAACCUCAGGACUGAAGGCCGCCCCGACAUGAAGACGGAGCUCUUCUCCAGCUCGUGCCCAGGGGGAAUCAUGCUCAAAGAGACGGGCCAGGGCUACCAGCGCUUUCUGUUCUACAAUCGUUCGCCACACCCUCCCGAGAAGUGCGUGGAGGAAUUCCAGUCCCUGACCUCCUGCCUGGACUCCAAAGCCUUCUUACUGACUCCCAGGAAUCAAGAGCCCUGCGAGCUGUCCAGUAACUGACAUCCAUGCCCCCAGACCAGUUUGAUGGGAGCUGAGAGAAGCUGGAGACUCCCAAGUACCUUUCAAGAAUAAUAAAGACGAAGUUUCAAUCCUCA